CUUCCGCGACCCUCCGGGACCACACAGGCGCAGGACGAGUCUAUGAGCAGGAGCUAAACAAGAUGCAUUGUGAGAGGUUUCUAUGUGUCCUGAGAAUAAUUGGAACUACACUUUUUGGAGUGUCUCUCCUCCUCGGAAUCACAGCUGCUUAUAUUGUUGGCUACCAGUUUAUCCAAACAGAUAAUUACUACUUCUCCUUUGGACUGUACGGUGCCUUUUUAGCCUCACACCUCAUCAUCCAAAGCCUCUUUGCCUUUUUGGAACACCGGAAAAUGAAAAAGUCCCUAGAAACCCCCAUUAAAUUGAACAAGACUGUAGCUCUCUGCAUUGCUGCGUAUCAAGAAGACCCCGACUACUUACGGAAAUGUUUGCAAUCUGUGAAAAGGCUGACCUACCCUGGGAUUAAAGUUGUGAUGGUUAUAGAUGGAAAUUCAGAUGAUGAUCUUUACAUGAUGGACAUCUUCAGUGAAGUCAUGGGCAGGGACAAAUCAGCCACUUACAUCUGGAAGAACAACUUCCACGAAAAGGGACCUGGCGAGACAGAAGAGUCCCAUAAAGAAAGUUCACAACAUGUAACCCAAUUGGUCUUGUCUAACAAAAGUAUUUGCAUCAUGCAAAAAUGGGGUGGAAAGAGAGAAGUCAUGUACACAGCCUUCAGAGCACUGGGGCGAAGCGUGGAUUAUGUACAGGUGUGUGACUCAGAUACCAUGCUUGAUCCUGCCUCAUCUGUGGAGAUGGUGAAGGUCUUAGAAGAAGACCCUAUGGUUGGAGGUGUUGGGGGAGAUGUCCAGAUUUUAAACAAGUAUGAUUCCUGGAUCUCCUUCCUCAGCAGUGUGAGAUACUGGAUGGCUUUUAAUAUAGAAAGGGCCUGCCAGUCUUAUUUUGGCUGUGUCCAGUGCAUAAGCGGUCCUCUGGGAAUGUACAGAAACUCCUUGCUACAUGAGUUUGUGGAAGACUGGUACAAUCAGGAAUUUAUGGGUAACCAAUGUAGUUUUGGUGAUGACAGGCAUCUUACCAACAGAGUGCUGAGUCUGGGCUAUGCAACUAAAUAUACAGCUCGGUCCAAGUGCCUUACUGAAACACCCAUAGAGUAUCUGAGAUGGCUGAACCAGCAGACCCGUUGGAGCAAGUCCUACUUCCGAGAGUGGCUGUACAAUGCCAUGUGGUUUCACAAGCAUCACUUGUGGAUGACCUACGAAGCGGUUAUCACUGGAUUCUUUCCUUUCUUUCUCAUUGCCACAGUCAUCCAGCUCUUCUACCGGGGUAAAAUCUGGAACAUCCUCCUCUUCCUGUUAACUGUCCAGCUAGUGGGUCUCAUCAAGUCAUCUUUUGCCAGCUGCCUUAGAGGAAAUAUCGUCAUGGUCUUCAUGUCUCUCUAUUCAGUGUUAUACAUGUCAAGUCUGCUUCCUGCCAAGAUGUUUGCAAUCGCAACCAUAAACAAAGCUGGGUGGGGCACAUCUGGAAGGAAGACCAUUGUUGUUAAUUUCAUAGGACUUAUUCCAGUGUCCGUGUGGUUUACAAUCCUUUUAGGUGGUGUGAUUUUCACCAUUUAUAAGGAAUCUAAAAAGCCAUUUUCUGAAUCCAAACAGACUGUUCUUAUCGUGGGAACCUUGAUCUAUGCAUGCUACUGGGUCAUGCUUUUGACUCUGUAUGUGGUUCUCAUCAAUAAAUGUGGCAGGCGGAAGAAGGGGCAACAGUACGACAUGGUGCUUGAUGUAUGAUCUCACGAUGACGUUUGCAGUCACAGCUGGAGACCCACACACACAUCUUAGCUCUUGGCGGGGCUGUACAGUAUUGUGGCAUCA